UAAUUUUUGUCAUAUCUUACUCUCUCUCAUAAGUAAAUGCUAUUCUUUUUAUUAUUACUUUCCCAUGAGUAACUGUUUAUUUUUAUUUUAUUUUAAAAUUUUGAUAGUGACAAAUGUAUGAAUCCAAAUCCAACAAACCACUAGGGAAGAAGAUAUGCAGUGUAAAUAUUGCAUAUCUUAAUGACCAACAUCGUCAUUCAAUCUCUUUGUCACUGAACCUACUUUAAUUCUGAUAAGCAAAUUCAACACACAAAAUUAAGAAGAAAGAGAAAGAGAGAGAGAGAGCUCUAGAGAUCAGAAAAACAAGCUCAAAAAAAAAAAAAAAAAAAAAAUGGAGGGUGAGAGCACAAAUGAAGUAUACAGAGAGUGUCUGAGAAACCAUGCAGCCAGUCUGGGCAGCUACGCCACCGACGGCUGCGGAGAGUUCACUCUCGACGACACAUCAUCGGAAGGAGGACUCCAAUGCGCCGCAUGCGGUUGCCACCGGAACUUCCACCGGAAAGUUACAUACGCCGGUGGCAACCACCCAAGUAGCACUACUACAACAACAACAACGACUACUGCAAUUAGCCAAGGAAGAAGAAGAGAUCACAACCAACCAUCUUCCAUGAGUGGAGAGAUGAUGAUGAUGAGCACGGUGGUGGCGGAGUCGCCGGAGAGUGAUCGGAGCGGGAAGAAGAGGAUCCGGACCAAAUUCACGGCGGAUCAGAAGGAGAAGAUGUUUGCUUUUGCAGAGAAGAUUGGAUGGAAGUUGCAGAGGAAAGAUCUGGAGGAUGAGAUUGAGAGCUUCUGCAAAAGUGUUGGGGUAAGUAGGCAGGUCUUCAAAGUUUGGAUGCAUAAUCACAAGAAUCUUUCUUCUUCCUCUUCUGCUAAUUCCAUUGGCAAUGCCUCUUCUCUCACCCAAUAGAUCAACCUCUAUUUAUUAUUUGUUUUUUGCUUAAUUGUCUUCUAAUUUAAGUGUUUAAUCUUGGGUCUUUGUUAAUUUUUUAUCUGUAUAAUUUAUUUCAACUUAAUUACUCAGCAGAAAAAUGUGCCAUUAAUUUCCUUA